AUGUUAGAAAAUGGCUUGAAAAAUUUGGACGACUCUUCAUUAAUUUUGCAUCAUUUGGGAGGGUCUUUUGUCCAUGCACAAAUUGUAGAAAUUGAAGAAAAUGAAGAUUAUAAUAUAAGCAACACAAGUACAAAUUUAAAUUUAUUUUCAUCUUCUUCGUCAUUAUUCCCUUCAUCUUCCCAAAGAUCUCCUCUGCUUGAACCAAAUUUUGUUGAUGAAAUUUGGCCUGCUACAAAUUCGUCUUUAUUUCAUUCUCAUCCAUUAAUUGCAAUUUUAAUCUCAAUUUUUAUUUUUUUAUUAAUUUUAAUUACUGUAAUUGGAAAUUUGGGUGUUUGUGCUGCAAUUUUGUUAGUUAGAAAAUUAAAAGCGCAACCUGCAAAUUUGUUGCUUAUAUCACUUGCUUUGGCUGAUUUUUGUGUUGGCCUUUUUGUAAUGCCUUUAGCUGCAGUUUAUGUUUUGGAAGAUCGUUGGAUAUUUGGUGAUAUUCUCUGCCGUUUUUGGGUCACUGCCGAUUUAACUUUGUGUACAGCUUCAAUUUUAAAUUUGUGUGCAAUUUCUGUUGAUCGACAUUUGGCUGUGACUAGAGCACUUCGAUAUUCGGCAUUACGUACUCGAAGACGUAUUUGUUUAUAUAUUUGUAUUGUUUGGUUGGGUGCUUUGUUAGUUUCUGCUGCACCUUUAGCAUUGUUACCGUUUCCAAAAAUUGAGCAAUAUUGUCAGGUCUCACAAAAUCGUGUUUAUCAAAUCUAUGCAACAAUUAUUGCGUUUUGGGGUCCAUCAUUAAUAAUGGUUAUUGUUUAUGUUAAAUUAUGGAGUGCUGCGAAAAGAAUGCAUAGACAAGAUCAAUUAGUUUUACGUUGGCAAGGAGUACAUUUACCUUCUGAUGGAGAUUUAGAAGACGGACUUCCACCUCCAACAACAACAACAGCUAAAUCUUUAUUUAGAAAUGAUUCAAUAGCACGUGCAAAUGCUCGAUUUCUUUUUGCAUUGCGUAUGUCAGCACAAAAAUUUGGAUAUUAUGAUCAUCAAAAUAAUAAAACUAAUGGAGAAGUUGUGAAUGAUGAUGAAAAUUUAAGAAUUGAAGUUAGAACAAGUGCUAGUAGUAGUGGUGGUGGUGGAGGAUCUUCUUCUACUUUGGGGACUUUACGUGUUCCAAUAGUAUUAAUUAUUAUGAGUGCCUUCAUAAUUUGUUGGGUGCCAUUUUUUAUUUUAGCUUUGGCAAAAUCACAGCAUUGGGUAAAUUAUGUUCCUAGAUGGCUUGAUUCACUUACAUUAUGGCUUGGAUAUUCUAAUAGGUUUCUUUGA